GGGCGCCCGGCGGCCGCGGGAGCUGCAGCCCGGAGUGUGCGGCACGCGCGGGCCGGCCGCCCCGAGCACUGUCACCCGCGCUGCUGCCACGGGACCCGCGCCCCGCCGAGCCGCGCGCACAGCAGCCAGGCGUCACCAUUUGCUUCCGACGAUUUUUGGGUUUUUUUUGCACGCAUCCUUUUUCUGUUCCGUUUUGUCCUUUUUAAGGCGGGGGCGGCGGCGGCGGCGGCGAAGGCUGGGACGGGGAGGGGCGGCCGGAGGAUGCGGCGCGGGACUGCGCUCGCUACGCCCGCUGCUGCUGCCCGGCUCGGGCCCGAGCGCCCAGCAGAUCUUGGGUAAUGUGAGGGCAGCAGCUGUUUCCGGUCACCGUCCACACUGGAGCUGCGAGCCCAGGAGAUGCACAGGCAGUGUUUGUGGCGCGAACAGACGGGCAGGGGAGGCGUCCUGGGUGAGGAGGCCACAUGAGCGGAGCCCGGCAGGGUCCCAAGUGAUGGUGGUUUCCACGGAGGGUGAGCUGAGUCCUGCGCGACUGGUGGGCCCGGCGGAGCUGGCGGCGGCGCCUGCAGGCUGGCGGGCGUGAGCGUGGACUCUCAGUGUCUCCCCGGGAGGAAGCAUGUCUAAGAAGGGCCGGAGCAAGGGCGACAAGCCCGAGAUGGAGGCGGACGCGGUGCAGGUGGCCAACGAGGAGCUGCGGGCCAAGCUGACCAGCAUUCAGAUCGAGUUCCAGCAGGAGAAGAGCAAGGUGGGCAAACUGCGUGAGCGGCUGCAGGAGGCCAAGCUGGAGCGCGAGCAGGAGCAGCGGCGGCACACGGCCUACCUCUCGGCGCUCAGGGCCAAGCUGCACGAGGAGAAGACCAAGGAGCUGCAGGCGCUGCGCGAGUCGCUCAUCCGCCAGCACGAGCAGGAGGCGGCGCGCACGGCCAAGAUCAAGGAGGGCGAGCUGCAGCGGCUGCAGGCCACGCUGAACGUGCUGCGCGACGGCGCGGCCGACAAGGUGAAGACGGCGCUGCUGGCCGAGGCGCGCGAGGAGGCGCGCAGGAGCUUCGACGGCGAGCGCCUGCGGCUGCAGCAGGAGGUGCUGGAGCAGAAGGCGGCGCGCAAGCAGGCGGAGGAGGCGCUCAGCCACUGCGUGCAGGCCGACAAGGCCAAGGCGGCCGACCUGCGCGCCGCCUACCAGGAGCACCAGGACGAGGUGCACCGCAUCAAGCGCGAGUGCGAGCGCGACAUCCGCAGGCUGAUGGAUGAGAUCAAAGGGAAAGACCGGGUGAUCCUGGCCCUGGAGAAGGAGCUGGGCGUGCAGGCCGGGCAGACCCAGCGGCUGCUGCUGCAGAAGGAGGCGCUGGACGAGCAGCUGGUUCAGGUCAAAGAGGCCGAGCGGCACCACAGCAGCCCCAAGAGGGAGCUGCCCCCCGGCAUCGGGGACAUGGCGGAGCUCCUGGGCGCCCAGGAUCAACACAUGGAUGAGCGAGACGUGAGGCGGUUUCAACUGAAAAUUGCGGAACUGAACUCGGUGAUCCGGAAGCUGGAAGACAGAAACACCCUCCUGGCAGAUGAGAGGAAUGAACUGCUGAAGCGCUCCCGCGAGACCGAGGUGCAGCUGAAGCCGCUGGUGGAGAAGAACAAGAGGAUGAGCAAGAAGAACGAGGACCUGCUGCAGAGCAUCCAGCGGAUGGAGGAGAAGCUCAAGAAGCUCACGAGGGAGAACGUGGAGAUGAAAGAGAAGCUGUCCGCGCAGGCGUCUCUGAAGCGGCACACUUCCCUGAACGACCUGAGCCUGACGCGGGACGAGCAGGAGAUCGAGUUCCUGCGGCUGCAGGUGCUGGAGCAGCAGCACGUCAUCGACGACCUCUCUCUGGAGAGAGAGCGGCUCUUGCGCCCCAAGAGGCACCGCGGGAAAGGCCUGAAGCUGCCCAAGAAGCAUGUUGUGGAGACAUUUUUUGGAUUUGAUGAGGAGUCUGUGGACUCGGAAACCUUGUCAGAGACGUCCUGCAACACAGACAGGACGGACAGGGCCCCGGCCACCCCCGAAGAGGACCUGGACGACACAACCACCAGGGAGGAGGCCGACCUGCGGUUCUGCCAGCUGACCAGGGAGUACCAGGCCCUGCAGCGGGCCUACGCCCUCCUGCAGGAGCAGGUGGGGGGCACGCUGGACGCCGAGCGGGAGGCCCGGACCCGGGAGCAGCUGCAAGCCGAUCUGCUGCGGUGUCAGGCCAAAAUCGAGGACUUGGAGAAGCUGCUGGCCGAGAGGGGCCAGGAUUCCCAGUGGGUGGAGGAGAAGCAGCUGCUCAUGAGAACCAACCAGGAGCUGCAGGAGAAGGUGCACCGGCUGGAGGUGGAAGAGCACCAGCUGAAGAGCGACAUGCAGGACGCGCGGGACCAGAACGAGCUGCUCGAGUUCAGGGUGCUCGAGCUCGAAGAGAGAGAGCGGAGGUCGCCCGCGUUUAACCUCCAAAUCGCCAGCUUCCCCGAGAACCACAGCAGCGCCCUCCAGCUGUUCUGCCACCAGGAAGGAGUUAAGGACGUGGAUGUGUCCGACCUGAUGAAGAAGUUAGACAUCCUGGGCGAUAACGGGAAUCUGAGAAACGAAGAGCAGGUGGCCAUCAUCCAGGCGGGGACUGUGCUCGCGCUGUGUGAGAAGUGGCUGAAGCAGAUAGAGGGCACCGAGGCGGCCCUGACCCAGAAGAUGCUGGACCUGGAGAAGGAAAAGGACCUGUUCAGCAAGCAGAAGGGCUACCUGGAGGAGGAGCUGGACUACAGGAAGCAGGCCCUGGACCAGGCUCACCUGAAAAUCCAGGAGCUGGAGGCCACGCUGUACGACGCGCUGCAGCAGGAGCCGGGCCAGAAGGCCAGCAGGGCGCUGAGCGCGGGCCAGCGGGAGGACCUGCAGGCCGCCGUGGAGAAGGUGCGCAGGCAGAUCCUGAGGCAGAGCCGCGAGUUCGACAGCCAGGUCCUGCGGGAGCGCAUGGAGCUGCUGCAGCAGGCCCAGCAGAGAAUCCGGGAGCUGGAGGCCAUGCUGGAGGCCCAGCGGCGGCACCUGAAGGAACUGGAGGAGAAGUUUUUGUUCCUUUUUUUGUUUUUCUCACUAGCAUUCAUUCUGUGGCCUUGAUGACUGCAGGGAGCCAAGACCUGGGGGUAGAAAAAGAGCUUAUGGAAUGAACUGAGGCCCUAUGGCAACCCCAACCCCACUCAAACCAAAAUCCACAGGCUAUUCCACGCGCAGAAACUGGGACCAGAACCCACAUACUUGACGACGGUUCCAAGGGGGCCUUUUGGAUCGACAGCGGCCCCGGCCAGCCGAGCUGUAGGAGUUCUGCAGGAAUGAUGGGGAUUGUGUCAAGCUCAGGGCCACAUGAGUCCCCACGGGGGACCUUCAAGAGCCCAAGGGGCAGAGGCCUGACUUCCAGGGAACUAAGUGCAAUUACCAGAAACUGAGCCCCGGGAGAGUGUCUGCGCGCCUAGGGACAGCCCGUCCCUGCCCGGGUGCUGGCGGACGCAGACCAUGUACAUAUGUCUCCGUGGAUGGUGCCCUGGGCACCCAGAGGGACUGGCCAGUGUCCCUGUGAACUGAACCCAAAGCCAAGCCCCAUCCACAAAACCCUCCAGAUGUGUGUGCAGCUGGAUCAGCAGCUGCCCGCCAGAGAGGGAGGGGCUGGAGCCUCGCUCACUGCGGAGGGCGGACCCCAGGGAACUCCGAUUUCCAUCACUCUCGUGUGUGUGACCUGGAGAAAGUCCCAGAGCAUGACAGGGCCUGGCGCCAUGUGGUGUGAGGACUGGGAGGACAGGCCCCCGCUGACCACACGGGGACUGUCUUUCAUCUUGGCUGUAAUUUGCAAGAGGAAGAAACGCUGGGAAUGACGCUCCUUCUGCAAUGGUCUGAGACCAGGCCGCUCUCCUACAGCCUCGGGGGAGCGGGCAGAGACCAGACGCCGAGUCCAGCCUCCCAGAAGGACAGAGUGGGGCAGCCGAGGAGGCCAGGGCACCAUCUGGUGAGAGGCAAGUCUAGGAGGGGUCCUGGAGAAGACUUUCGGGCAUUGUUGCUGCUGUUGUCCUGGGGGGCGGGGUGGGAGGUGCGGACAUCGUUUCCAGAAGAAGGCUCCUGCUCACAUGUCUGUCAUCUCCCACACUUUUGGAAGGAAGACUUUUGGACAGGCUAGAUCAAGGGAAAUAGAAGGCAGUGAGUGCGGAGGAAAGGACAGCCACGUCUGUGUUGGAAGAGGCAGAGGAAGGCAAGGACGGCUUGAUCCCAAGGAUGGAAAUCGCUGCUCUGUGCCUGUGGGGUGGCGCGGCCAUCCUGGGAGAUCCAGUGAGAAGAACCUUUGGCGAAAACGAAAAUGUCUGAAGUUCAGGCCACUGAAGGAGCCAUGGGGGAGGGGACCCAAUAGAAGAGCGGAGAGUUCUCGGAAGGGCAAACCCAGGGAGGGAGAAGCAUGGCGACUGGCACAGAGGGGGCAUCCCAGGCACAUGGGGAGGGAUGUUCCAACCAAAUCAAAGGAUUGGGGCCUCAGAAACGCCCCAGAGCAGCUGAGAAAUACUUGUUCUCUUUUCAAUCUAAACCCAAAGCACCUGUACACCAGCCCCCACGACUUAUCAACGUUUAGUGAGCAAACAUGACUGAACCGACGUCUUUGCUUGAAAACCCAGGCAUCUGAGCGCUCCGGUGGGGAUGGGCGUGUGGGACCACGUGCGGAGUGAAGACCUAGACCCUGUCUGCUUUCUCUGGGGCCCAGGCAGCGCAGAGAAACCCUGCUUCGCUGCCUGAGUCGGCGGGCACCCAGGAGGCACGCUGGGCCUCGGGGAAGCGGUUCCUGUGGUCGGGGUCCUCUGCCCGCUGCGGGAGGGGGGCAGGAGUGUGGCCCUCAUGCCACCCGGUGUCCACCUGCUGUCUGCUCGCCCUCACACUCAGAGGCAGGGCUGGGAGGGCGCGGACUUUGAAGUCAGACCUGCGCAGGUCCACUCGCAGCCCGGCCACCUCCCUGCAGCGGACACUCUGCGUCUCAGUUUCUUCAGCUGUGGCUGGGGGGCGGGGCGGUCUUCCUGUGGCACCCCAUGAGACCGCUUCUUUGGGCACCACUAGCAGCCCACGGGCCCCCCGAGCCCUGGCAGGAGGCGCAGCAGGUGCACCCUGCUCCCUCAGAGGGCGGCGUCCUCAACGGAGACCAUACAGCCCACGGGACCAGGAGCCCGUCUCUGAGACGGCUCAGGUGUGAGGGCUGAGGCUCCCGCUGGCAGGUACGGGAGCUGCCCCCGCCUGGAGGACCAGAGUCGCCGACGGGAGCCAGCAUUUGUGUGACCGUCCAGACGUCGCUUCCAAGGUCCCUGCCAGGGACAGGCCCGGUUCCAAGAGCCGUUCUUCUCAGGGAACCUCAGCGCUCUGGCAGCCAAGCCCUGGCGCCCAGGUGAGGUGCACCCCCUCAGGGUUGUUGUGGUGGUGGUUGCCUAGUAACGCAGCCGAUGGUC